CAUUGUGGGCUGGAAGUGUUGGCUCGCACGUGUGGAUCCUUUAAUACCAGCUCGCGUUGUAAUCAGAAUAGAUGAAUAGGAAAUUUAGCGCGCGAAAAGGAGUGCGGCGAUUACUUUCGAAAUCAUAAGACUUUCACAGCCACUUCCUCCGUCUUUCUCCAAAUUGCUAUUGCCUCAGUUUGUGUAUCUUGUGCUUAAUUUUCUGCAGCAAUAGAUCAAUGGAAUGUGAUACGGCAGCAAAAGUAGUGGAAGCAGAGAAUAUAACAAUGGCAGAAGAAAAUGCAAAUCAUAAAGAAAAGGAAGCAACGCCUAGAAGAAUGAGAGAAGAAUAUAGAAAGCCUAAUGUGACAGAACAACACAAAAAGCUCAAAGCAGAAUUAGAAGAAGAAAACGCAACGGUGUUUGAAGGGAUAUCUUCUGCUUCAGAACAAGGAAAGGUUGUAGAAAAUCUUAUGGAGCAAGUAAAUGCUAAUGUUAAGAGUGAAGUAGACAAUUCCCACUUUGAAAUCUUAGAAAAGGGUUUAGGAAAGGACCUGAAAACGGUUAGGAGAUUCAGGGCUAGUUUGGCAAUGCUUUUGAAAAGUACUGUGAAAAAGUGCUUUUGAAAAAUUUAAUUUAAAAUUUGAGUAUUUAGCAUUGUUGUCAAAAAGUGUUUUUGAGAAAUAAAAUGUUCAUUUUAGACAUAUUAUUAUCAAGUAACAAAUAUAUAUUUAAAUAA